AUGUCCUGUUCUCCACCUUCUGACAUCCCAUCUGAAUCUUGUCUUUUCGCAGAGGUGGAUGAGUGUGCCCUGGGGCUUGAUGACUGCCACCCAGAUGCGAUUUGUCAAAACACCCCGAAGCUGUACAAGUGCACAUGCAAAGUGGGUUACACUGGCGAAGGGAAGAAAUGUGAAGACAUUGAUGAAUGUGAUAAUGACUUCAAUGGAGGCUGCGUCCAUGAGUGUUUCAACAUCCCAGGAAAUUAUCGCUGUACUUGCUACGACGGCUUUAUGUUGGCUCAUGAUGGCCACAACUGCCUGGAUACGGAUGAAUGCAUGUUCAACAACGGGGGUUGCCAGCAUGUUUGUGUCAACACUGUGGGGAGCUAUGAAUGUCGCUGUAAGGAAGGGUUCUUUCUAAGUGAUAACCAGCAUACGUGCAUCCACCGCUCAGAAGAAGGCAUGAGCUGCAUGAACAAGGAUCAUGGCUGUGCCCACAUCUGCAGAGAAGCACCCAAAGGAGGAGUUGCCUGUGAAUGCCGACCAGGAUUUGAACUGUCCAAGAAUCAGAGGAGCUGCAUUUUAACAUGUAAUCAUGGAAAUGGUGGCUGUCAACAUAUGUGUGAUGAUGCUGAUAAUGGGCCUCUUUGUGGAUGUCACCCCAAGUACAUCAUGCAUGUGGAUGGGAAAACCUGCCUGGAGAGGGAAGAAGCUACUGUUGAAAUUUCUGAAGGAAACACUACAGCAGGGGCUGAUGUGGACAAGAGGGUGAAGCGACGGUUGCUUAUGGAAACGUGUGCAGUAAAUAAUGGCGGCUGUGAUCGUACGUGUAAAGAUACAUCGACUGGAGUUCACUGCAGCUGUCCUGUUGGAUUCACGCUCCAGUUUGAUGGGAAGACAUGUAAAGAUAUUGAUGAAUGCCAGUCCAAUAAUGGAGGCUGUGAUCAUUUCUGUAAAAACACUGUUGGCAGUUUUGAUUGCAGCUGCAGAAAAGGAUUUAAAUUGUUAACAGAUGAGAAGUCUUGUCAAGACGUUGAUGAAUGCUCUUUUGAACGGACGUGCGACCACACAUGCAUCAAUCAUCCAGGCACCUUUGAGUGUACUUGUAACAAAGGAUAUGCUCUCUAUGGCUUCACACAUUGUGGAGAUAUUAAUGAAUGCAGCAUCAACAAUGGUGGUUGCCAACAGCUGUGCGUGAAUACGCUGGGAGACUAUGAAUGCCUGUGUCAAUCUAACUACAAAUUACACUGGAAUAAAAAGGAUUGCGUUGAGAUAAAGGGUCCCUUGCCUGAUAAUAUGUCAUCCAAGGUGUUGCUGCACUGCAUUAAGAGUGGUGGAAGCGAUAGAUGCUUCUUAAGCUGCUCUUCAGAUGUCCAGGUAUUUUCUGGAACACAGGAUGCCUACACACUCACCUGUGGCAGGUCACCUCAGCUUAAGAAAAAACAGCAAAAUACAAAUGCAUCCAGCUGGCUGGAUACUUCAGCCAUCAAGAUAAGCGUAACCUUUAAAUUAAAUGAAGGAAAAUGUAGUUUGAAAAAGACUGAGAAAUUUCAAGAAGGUCCGGAAUGGAUGAUACCAGAGAGACAUAAUUCAGUAAUGGAGAGCUUCCACUAUGUAAACCUAACAUGCAGCUCUGGCACGAAAGUUCAUGGAGCCCUCAGUAGACUGACAGCGACUAGAGAAGUUUUUAUCACUGCGGACUUUGAGCUUGAAACAAUCCAAAAGGAGGUGACAGAUACAUGUGAUGUGCGCUGUGCUCGGAAAAAGACUGAAAAGAGGUUCCGUAAAACCAUUCGAACCUUACGGAAGACAGUCAGUAGGGAGCAGUUCCGUGUCCGCAUCUCUGGCAUGGACCACGAAGUGGCCAGAAAGUCUCUCAAGCUAUCAGAGCCACAGCAGUCCUGUGGUGUAGGACAGAUGCAUGUGGGUAACAGAUGUGAUCAGUGCUUACCAGGUGAAUAUUCUCCUGACGGCUUCAAACCCUGUCUGCCCUGUCCCCUUGGAACAUACCAGCCUGAAGCUGGGAGAGUAUCCUGCUUUCACUGCGGAGGAGGUCUAACAACAAGGCAUAGCAGUGCAUCAUUGUUUCAGGACUGUGAGACCAAAGUUCAGUGUUCUCCUGGCCAUUUUUAUAAUACCACAACUCAUCGGUGUAUUCGCUGCACAGUUGGGACAUAUCAGCCUGAGUUUGGACAAAAUUACUGCAUUUCAUGCCCUGGAAACACCACUACUGAUUUUGAUGGGUCAACAAAUAUAACACAGUGCAAAAAUAGGCAGUGUGGAGGUGAACUGGGAGAUUAUACUGGAUAUAUUGAAUCACCAAACUAUCCUGGGGACUAUCCUGCAAACACUGAGUGUACUUGGAAUAUUAACCCACCGCCAAAGCGCCGUAUUCUGAUUGUGGUUCCAGAAAUAUUUCUACCAAUAGAAGAUGAGUGUGGAGACUACCUGGUGAUGCGAAAAAGCUCUUCUUCCAACUCAGUGACCACGUAUGAAACCUGUCAAACCUACGAACGCCCUAUAGCUUUCACUUCUAGGUCCAAGAAGUUGUGGAUCCAGUUCAAGUCAAAUGAAGGGAACAGUGCCAAAGGAUUCCAAGUUCCUUAUGUAACGUAUGAUGAGGAUUACCAAGAACUAAUAGAAGACAUUGUUCGGGAUGGUAGACUUUAUGCAUCUGAAAAUCAUCAAGAAAUACUUAAGGACAAGAAACUGAUAAAAGCUUUGUUUGACGUGUUGGCGCAUCCACAGAACUACUUCAAGUACACAGCCCAAGAGUCAAGAGAGAUGUUCCCAAGAUCCUUCAUUCGGCUGCUGCGCUCUAAAGUUUCCAGAUUUUUGAGGCCUUACAAAUAG